AUGUCGGCCCUCAACUGGAAGCCCUUCGUGUAUGGUGGACUGGCUUCCAUCACGGCCGAAUGCGGUACCUUUCCAAUUGAUUUAACCAAGACACGUCUCCAGAUUCAAGGCCAGACAAACGAUGCAAAUUUCAAAGAGAUUAGGUAUCGCGGCAUGCUGCACGCGUUGGUGAGGAUCGGCAGGGAGGAAGGGCUGAGAGCGCUGUAUUCAGGAAUUGCUCCAGCAAUGUUGCGCCAGGCUUCUUACGGCACCAUCAAGAUAGGCACUUACCAGAGCUUGAAGCGCUUAUUUGUUGAACGGCCAGAAGAUGAAACCCUACUGAUAAAUGUCGUUUGUGGAAUUCUCUCUGGAGUUAUAUCCUCAGCCAUUGCUAAUCCGACUGAUGUUUUGAAAAUCCGGAUGCAAGCACAGAGCAACACCAUUCAAGGAGGAAUGUUCGGCAACUUCAUGAACAUCUACCAGCAAGAGGGAACCAGAGGACUGUGGAAGGGUGUGUCCCUCACUGCUCAGAGGGCAGCGAUUGUGGUCGGAGUGGAGCUGCCUGUCUAUGACAUCACCAAAAAGCACCUGAUUCUCUCUGGCCUGAUGGGGGACACUGUGUACACCCACUUCCUCUCAAGCUUCACCUGUGGCCUGGCAGGGGCCCUGGCUUCCAACCCAGUUGAUGUUGUGAGAACACGUAUGAUGAACCAAAGAGUCAUUCGAGAUGGCAGGUGCUCUGGCUACACAGGUACCUUGGAUUGCCUGCUCCAGACAUGGAAGAAUGAAGGAUUUUUUGCUCUCUACAAAGGGUUUUGGCCAAAUUGGUUGAGACUUGGUCCGUGGAAUAUCAUUUUCUUUGUGACAUACGAGCAGUUGAAGAAACUGGACUUGUGA